UUUUUUGUUCACCUCCUUCUUUCCUUCCUUCCUUUCUUCUUCUUUCUUCUUUUCUGUCUUCCUUCCUUCCUUCCUUCUUUCCUUCCUUCCUUCCUUCCUUCCUUCACCAUGACCUUCUCUCGCUCUAAACUGAAGAGAAGAGACACACUUGAUCACCAGGAGGAGGAAGAGGAGGAGGACGAAGAGGAGAGGAGGAGAAGAGAGGAAGAAGAGGAGGAGAAAAGAGAGCCAGAGGUGGAAAUUAGCUUGUCCUCCACCACAGCCCAACCAGAAGCCGAGGUGCGUUACGAGUUCUCCACAGGUCACUUCCACUUGGUCCACCCCGGCGAUCCACUCAUCCACCUGUUCUCAGCGCCCUCUAGAAUCCUGCCACGGGAGGAGUAUGAGCUCAUAUACCUGCAGAAGGCCGAGGAGGAGGACGAGGAGGCCAUCGCGAGACGGAAGAAGGAAGAAGAAGAAAAACAAAAACGACAAUAUUUACAACUACAACGAGAAUUCAAAACAAAGAAGAAAAAGAAGAAGAAGAAGAAGAGCACAGCCAAGAGUCAAGAGGAGGAAGAAGAGGAGGAAGAGGAGGAGGAGGAAGAGGAGGAGGAGGAUUAUGACAUCGCUAAGGACAUUGAGGAACUGUAUGGGAAUAUAAUGACAGCUGAACAGAUUGCUAAGCUCGACGCGAUGCCAAACCCUUUCAACUUCAGCGAUCGUGUGACCCAGACCUUCCGUGCCCCGAGGAAGGAAUUGAGCCAGCAGACGGACAAGCCUCCCAACACUACCUUCGGGGCCACGGCGGGGCUCUCCACCCUCUGUGACGCCUAUGACAAGGACUUCAAGCUGAAACAGGAGGCGGAGAGACGGAGGAAGGAGAAGGAAGCACAGGAGGCAGCGAAGGAGGAGGGCAAGGAGACCGCUAAGCCCCCCAUGGACCCCGUGGUGCUCCUGACGGCCCCCUCCCCGCCAGGUAAUGAGGGGCUAACACACCUGGCGCGGGCUUCGAAAAUUGUUGAGAGAACUGUGCAACAAAAUGUAUACUCAGAUGUGAUUUAUGAUUACAAGUACUGGGAAGAUCAGAGUGAUGACUACCGCCAGCUGGAGGGGUCACUGCUCCCCUUGUGGAAGUUCACUGCGCCUUAUGUCCGCCGUCUAAUUGUCUCUGAGGUCUGCUGGAACCCCGUCCACCCUGACCUGCUGGCGGCGGGAUACACAACAGGGGAGGACGGGGAGCCUCCAGAACCGGGGUACCUGUGUCUCUUCAGCCUUAAGAACCCCAGUGUGCCGGAGCGGUGUCUGCCCUGCCCCUGUGGUGUGACCUGCCUGCAGUUUCACCCCAUGAGGGCCAGUGUGGUGGCUGCAGGGCGGGAGGACGGCAAUGUUUUCGUGUAUGAUGCUCGCCACGCCCCAGGCCAGCCCCGCGUGGUGGUGUCCCAGGCCAGCGGCGGGAAACAUCUGCUUGGAGUGAGCCAGGUGGCGUGGGUGACAACAGGGCCGGGGCAGCCUCUCCUGUUUUAUUCCGUGGGGCGUGAUGGGCGAGUCACACGCUGGACUGUUCGACCCUCUGAACUCGAAGCCUCAGAUGUGGUUCACUCCGGGGACACUGGACCCUCCAGUGACCGCGCCAAGCUUCGGGGUACCGUGACAUGUUUGGCCCUGAAGGUAGGAAACCCAGACCUCCUCCUGAUGGGGCUAGACUCGGGGGGCGUGGUGGAAAUGACCUUAAGAGGCUCUACGAACGCACUCUUCCACUACAAGGCUCACAACGCUCCGGUCCGCCUCCUUACAUGGAACAGCCACCACGAGGAUGUCUUUGCCUCGGGAUCAGCUGACUGGAUGCUUAAAGUGUGGGCGAAGAGCUACAGACACCCUCUCGUGACCCUUGACCUUGGAGCCCCUGUGUCUGGCCUCACCUGGAGUCACCUCGGGGGCAGCUUAUUGGUCGGGGUCACGCAGGAUGGCAAGAUACACGUUCAUGACUUGUAUCUGAGGAAAUGCCGCGCUCUUUGCCUGCAGAAUGUGAUGCAGAGAAGGAGGUCAUCUCUGUCCUCUGUGGCCUUCAGUCCCUUUCACCCUGUCCUGCUCGUGGGAGGGGAAAAGGGAUAUCUCGUGUCCUUCAAGCUGUCCCCUAACCUGCGACGCCCCCCAAAGGAAGCGAAGGGCGCGGAUGAGACACAGCGGCAGGAGAUAGAGAUGGCAAGACUGGGCCGGCUCAUCUCCACAGCCCCGCCCCCGUAGAGAGAGAGAGAGAGAGAGAGAGAGAGAGAGAGAG